CCUACUAUUAUCGAUAUAGACCUGCUACAUAAGGUACUACGGACGAGCAUCCUUGACCUUUGACUGUGGCUGCGAACCCCCCCUUUGCAGCAUCGCUCACGUGCAGAUAAGCAGCUCGUCCUGCGCCGAUAAGCACGACGCCCGCCGUGAUCCAGAGUGGACACUUUUCACGGGCAGUUUGGCGCCGGUUUGUCAUACGAGCUAAAAAUCGACAAAAUCCAUUGGGGUUGUGGGAAAGGGACUGGAAACGCCUCGACGGAGCUGCCUCGGCUUGCCUUUUCCAGGACGAACAAGACGAGACUGACGCGGGGAGAAGACGCUGAAGAAGCCCUGGCCGAGGAAGACAACUCCAAAGCCGCAACAAGAUAUAGCAGGGAGGGAAAAAACGCCUUGUGCUGUGCUGUGCUGGCGCCCUCUCUCCCCUCUCUUUGCGCACCGAUCUCGGGCUCUGGCGAACAGAACGGCGAGGCAACGGUCCAGAAGCAGUGCAGACCCGGGACAGACAGACAGAUGAGUAGCCGCUGGUGAGGAAGCGAUUUCCGGGCGACUGUAUCUCGGGGAGCUGGGCGCCUUUGCCGUCGCUGUCCUGUCCUGUCCCUCUUUGGACUUGAACCUUGCGGGAAGCCGACGAAACCAGAGAACCAACACCAACGAACAGCAGCACGGCAUACACGCCCUGCUGCUCUUCCCCCCUCCCGUCGCACUCAUGUGGUGGCCAUUCAGCAUCUUCUUCAGCAGCGUCUUCCUCUUCGCCAUUGUCCUGUCCAUCCCCGUCGCCUUCGAUGUGGGCGGGCGCGACAGCGGGCUGGCCUACAGCCUGGGCCUGUCCAUCUUCUACAUCUUCUACUCGGCCAUCCGCCUGGCCACGCCCGAGACGUCGCGCAUCCGCUGGACCAUCGUGUCGCUGCUGAGGCUGGCCCAGUGGUUCGUCAUUCCCUCGCUGCUCAUCUGGGCGCUGGGCAAGUUCGCCGUCGACGCCGAUGCGGGCAACUCGACCUGGGUCGAGCGGACCAUUGGCGGCGUCUUCCACUCGAGGAGAACCAGCUGGACCGAGUGGAUGUUUGGCAAGGACGGCUUCCUCGAGACCAUCAUGCUGGGCUCCUGGGACAAUGUGCUGCGCUAUUCGGGGCCCGUCUUCCAGCUGCUCGAGGGCUUCUGCACGCUGCUCGUCAUCCAGGCGGCGGGCCAGAUUACUCGAUGGCUGGUGAACCGAGGGCGAAGCGACACUUGGGUGAUUGUCCUGCUUGCCUUCUCGGGCUCCAUCAUCGCCAGCGCCGUCUACUUCUUGUGGCGGGUGGCCCAGUUCCCCCAGAUCAGCAACAUCGACGCCACGCUCAUCGGCGCCACCAUGACCACGGCCGUGUUUCUGUGCGCGUACGGCAUCGGCAGCGGCCGCGGCAGCCCUGUCGAGUCGUCGCUCCUCUUUGCCUACGUCGUGCUCUGCGUCUAUCAGAUCUUCACCGACUACCUCCCUUCAGACGGCACCUAUUCCUCCGAGGAUCAAGCAUCGUCGCAGCCCGAGAUCCCCCCGCUUCCGCCCAUCAUCAUGGCCUCGUACUCGACCUUGCUCCACAUCCUCAGCACCCUCCCCGGCGCCCUGCACUCCUCGCUCGCCCUGCUGUACGCGGCUUUCCAGACCAUUACGCCGUCCGUCAUCAUCUCUCUCGCCUACCGCCUCUUCGUCUUCUACUGCGCCACCCGCAUCAUCCCAUCGGUGCGGGACCUGGGCGCCCGCGCCAUGCUGCACGAGCCCGACUGGGACGAGUCAGAAGCGGCAUCCAUGUUCCUGAGCCUCCUCAGCUACUUUUCGCCCACCAUUCUGAUAUCCGUCUACACCAGCCUGCUGCUGCAGCACUUUUCAACGAGCGAGGGGCCAGACGGAUGGACGCUCAGAGGCGGAGACGUGGGCGGCAGCACCUGGCGGUGGAUCAACGUGGGACUGACAAUGGUGCUGUACGGGGUUGAGCUCAUGCUCAGCACGGACGAUCAGGACCACUGGAAGGUGGAUUGA